AUGCAAUUCCUAAGUCCAUCUGUCGAAGCGUCUCUAAUGGCUGCCAAAAACCAACAAAGACCCCCCUUCCGUGCGGAGCACAUGGGCUCGCUGCUGCGACCCAAGGCCCUCACAGAGAAACGUAUUGCUCUGGAUGAAAAGAAGGCAGUUGAAAUUGCCGAGGACAAUGAGCUACACCGUCUCGAGGAGGAGGGUGUUCGCGACAUUGUCAAGACUCAGCUCGACCUAGGUUUCCAUGCCAUUAAUGACGGUGAGUACCGUCGCCACCAGUUCUGGGGUAAUUUCUUCCCUGGCCUUGAGGGCUUCGAAGAAGUUCCUGCUCCCAGUUGGGAUAUUUUCCGCAUGUAUGUGCCGGAUAUCGCAGCAUUCAUCGAGAGCGACCACAAGCCUGGCGAAUCUAUUCUCUGCACCGGCAAGAUCAAGCACAAGGGUAGCACUUAUUUGAAAGAGUGGGAGUUCUUGAAGAGCAUCAUACCCGCUGACAAGGUCAAGCACGCGAAGCUGACCCUGCCCGCUCCUGAAUGGUACCACCUGCGAUACAAGAAGGGACAUGCGUACGCAAAGGAUGUUUACGCCAACGACGAGGAGUACUUCGCCGACAUUGCAAAGGCCUACCGCACUGAGCUGGAUAUUCUUUACGAACACGGCGUGCGCAACGUCACCAUUGACGACCCCAACUUGGCGUACUUCUGCUCAGAGAAGAUGCUCCAGGGGUUCAAGGACGCGGGCGAGGACUCGGACGCCCUGCUCCAGUCCUACAUCAAGCUUUAUAAUGACAGCAUUAGCUCCCGACCCGCAGACAUGCACUUGGGCAUCCACCUGUGCCGCGGCAACUUUGCAUACUCGCGCCACUUCUCCGAGGGAGGCUACGACCGCAUCGCUUCGCGGUUGUUCAAGGAGAUCAACGCCGACACCUACUUCCUCGAGUAUGACACUGACCGCGCUGGCGGCUUCGAGCCCCUCAAGGAACUACCCGCUCACAAGAACGUCAUUCUGGGAGUCAUCACAUCCAAGUUCCCUGAGCUUGAGGACCUCGACAAGAUGCGCGAGCGUGUGUUCCAGGCGGCCGACUUCGUCGCGGAGGGCGCGGGCCAGACACGUGAGCAGGCACUGAAGAGAAUUGGCGUCAGCCCGCAAUGUGGUUUCGCUAGUCACCACCUUGGCAACUCGAUUACACACGAGGACCAGACCAACAAGUUGAAGCUAGUGAGGCAGCUGGCCGACUCUAUCUGGCCUGGCGAGCCUUAA